AUGGCAACCUUGGGCGACGCCAUUGCGCUAUCAAAGCAUGAUAUAUCGACCAAAGUUUCUUCAAAGCUUCCAUAUCUUCAGGCUUCUUGCUCCAGGGAAACAAAGGGCGAAUUUGUUACCAUUGGCGUGACCGGGGAGGGAAUUAGUAUUAUAGAUUUGACCAGUUUCCAACCCGAAGCCGCCGCACUGCUUGGGCCUGAGGUGGUUUUUGCAGCCUCUCCCGCCUCUCGAACGGCAACCUCAACCGAAGCAACGUCGGCAAGAUAUACCUAUGCAAUUAAUCAAACUUCCUCAUCUUCCUCAAAACCAUGCGAUCUUUCUUUAUGGACAUCGAGAGAAUCCUUGACAGCGUUGGAAAAGCAGGGAUCAAUCAGGAUAAAUGACGCAGUGCAUGCUCUAUAUGCCCCUGAAUACAUGACUGACAGCGUCAUUCUCGUAUCUACAGAGGGCACAGUCAUUUGUUGCGAUUCUGCGCUUCAAAAUGCUCGAAGAAUGGACUUGAAUAAAGUGGCUGGCGAGCUACGUUUGGCGUCUAUCGACGACUGUUCUCUGUGCACCUUUCUCCCAUCUCAACGCCAAUUGCACGGCGCAAGAACGGCACUCGUCACACUUCUUUUCCAGAGCCACGACGCUCUCAUUUUACGGCUACUACAACUUCGAACUGCAGUCGAGUUGGAUGAACAGGUGGCGAUUCCGUUCCCCGAUUCAAAUAUCCUGCGUGCCAGCUUUGACAAGGAUGGGUGUCUUGCUCUUCUCGAUGACAAAGAAAAUCUCCAUAGUUAUAUGAUCAAUUACCGCCAUGGAAAGCUCUCAGCAACUCCAUUGGAUUCUCUGGCGCUCAGAUCUAUCUAUACCCCGUCCGCCUCUAUUCUCUGCCUGGGCUCAAGCCACGUCCUCCUUGUUGGCGUCAAUCAGAAAAAACGAGACGAAAUGGCUGUGCUCUUGUGGGACGUGCAGUACUCGGUGCUUCUUGCGGAACAGCUGCUCUCGAUCCCAAGUAAUCUGUCGGGAGUUCCCGUUGAAAAGCUCCAGCUUCAGUUACUCCGAGGAAAUCAGACUCAUGCCAUACUCAUUGUAUCACCCUCAUGGACGCAACUUCGACCGAGUCAACUCCCCGCUGGUGCCAAGUCAAAUAUUCUUAUGAUCCCGUACACAGUGCCACCAGCCUCAACACUUUCCAAUGUCAUAGGGAGAGCUGAAGCGGGUAAUGCGUGGCUGAAAUCAUCGGAAGAUGCAAAACACUCGCUCACAAUGGAUUAUGACGAAGGGAAGGAUGCGAUUCUUCAAGCUGUUGUCAAGGAAUUGGAUGAAGGGAAAGUAGACGCCGCCGAUGCUAUCUUCUUCCAAUGGGUGACAGAAGAAACUAUUUCUGUCAAAGAGUCCGCUCGGAAGGAAGCAAAGCGUCAACUCGCAGUAGCCCUCGGCAAGCUCAAGGAAGGCGAAGCGUGGACAGAGGACAUUGAGAUUGACAAAGAGGAGAUUAAAAAGAAGAAGAUCCGCAUAAAACAUAUUCCGGAUACACUCGACCUGGAGUAUGGCUUCAUUUCGAGACUGCUUUCUGCAGUCUUCAAUCCCAACAAAGAUCAAGCAUACUCUCCAAAGAUUGUCGAAUACUUGCUGAAGCGAAAGUUGGUGAACGACAAUAGCGUUGGUGGAGGCUUGCUGAACGCGCUUCGUGAGCGCAAAGACUGGGAUAAUAUCUUUGUCCUGGUUCAAAACUCGCUCGACAUCGCUGAGGAUUCACUUGUAGCGCUCCUGGUCGACGUUGUGCGCCUACAUCGUUCAGCAACAAAAAAUGCGAUGGAAGUGGACACGGGUACGCCUAACUCUCCCAAGGGACCAAAAAUUCGACCGCUUCUAUCAAAUAUUAUCACCUAUCCGACCUCGGCACCGGCAAUGCGUAUUGCGCUUCGGCGCCACCUCACCAAUAUAGAGGAUGUUUUUUCAAUUCUCCAAAAUUGCAGAGAUUUCCUCAAGCACGGUGUCCGGUACGCCGCAGGUCUCUCUCUUGGACAAGAAGGAAGCCACAAGCAGAAGGGCAGCACACCCAAGGUGGAAAAAACAAUUUCGUUCUUGUCAACGCUAUUAGAUGCCAAGCUACUGGAUAUCCUUCAAUAUUCACCCGCUCAUCAAGUGCUGCGUCAGAUACAAACGAUUAUAGAGGUGGAGAUCUCACUCGUCUCGUCGUUGGAGAAACUUAGAGGGCCUCUUGAGCCGUUUGUCGCUACAGAGAAACGACGGUUCAAGCAUGCACAGGCAGGAGACGCUUCACGACAUCAUCGGUCGAAGGAAAAACCCCAGGAUACACACGCGCUCGCAGUCAACUUGUAUCAGAUCGAAGAGUUUGUGAUCUAG